UGGAGUUAGUCACCCAAUUAUCAUCCCUACACUUUCUAGUCUCCAAGUGGUUGAAAUUUAGGUCAAUCUCCACCACACAUAAAUACAACAUCAUUCAUAUGCCGCACUUAUUGUUCAUUUAAGGAAUUGAAAUUUGAAACCGAUUCAAUUUAUUACUAUGAGUUUCGCUUUGUUCAUCAACUCCAUGUUGCAGAGGCUGUUCUCCGUUCCCAGGUUGCCUUUGCUGUUCUACGCCGCGUCGUGGACCACCGUCUUGACCGUCACGGUGGCGCUCGCCUCCUUCACGCCGGAGCUGGCUUUCGUCUCCGCUAUUACUCCGGCUUCCUCCUUCUCCGCGCCGUGCGCCUCCUCGUCGUCCGUCAGGAUUCCGUUGGACGUUCCGUCCGAGGUGUUCUGUUUUCCGGCGCAGCUCUUCAGGAAGUCGAAGAUGGACCUGGUCGUGCCGCCGAUCUUCGCGGCGGUCGUCGUGGCUGCCUCCGCUUAUGUUGUCAAGGCUCUGGCCCUCUGGGAGUCUGCUCAUCAAGGAGAUUGAACCACACUCAUUAUUAUUAUUUUUUUAA